GGUGGUGCCGAGUGGGUUGGAUUGUACAUAAUUAUGUAUUAUUUUUAAUUUGUUUAAUUUUCUAAUUAAGUUUGCCUUCUGUUAUUUUUAUUAAUAAGAAUGAAGUUAAUAACUUAAUACUCUAUCAAUAAAAUAAGUUAUUGAAUAACAAUUUUGGCGUCAGCUAUUUUUAUAACCUAUUAGUGUGUAGAUUGAAGCUGUAUGAAUAACCGACAGUGCCUACAAUUACUGUUGCCUCUCGUUCGAGAUCUUCUGUUACCUAAUUGUGGUUUCAACAUUUCGUCGCUCUCUUUGGAAAUAAUAGUGUAAAUAAUGAUAUCACUUUACUAGCGGAAAUUCGGCAGUCCUGACCACCGUUUCUCUGUGAUAACACCAGCUGUGUAUGUGAUUUAAUUAGUCGAUAAAGAAACCUACCCAAAGAUGGCAACCGUAUAUAAUUGGUACAGAGACCUAAUGGACAACAGGAGUGAUCCCCGAGUGAAGGACUGGCCGAUGAUGUCAUCGCCAUGGCCCACGCUGGCCGCCUGUGUAUGCUACGCGUACUGCUCGAGGGUGCUCGGCCCCCGGUUCAUGGCGAACCGCAAACCCUUCGAACUGCGCAACGUGCUAGUCAUCUACAACCUCGCACAAACAGUAUUCAGCGCCUGGAUAUUCUACGAGUAUUUGAUGAGCGGCUGGUGGGGUCAAUAUAACUUUACGUGUCAACUGGUCGACUACUCCCGGAGUCCAAUGGCAAUGAGGAUGGCGAACACAUGCUGGUGGUAUUACUUCAGCAAGUUCACGGAGUUUAUGGACACACUUUUCUUCGUGCUGCGCAAGAAAAACGAGCACGUGUCCACUCUGCACGUCAUACACCACGGCAUCAUGCCCAUGUCUGUGUGGUUCGGACUCAAGUUUGCACCAGGUGGUCACAGCACAUUCUUCGCUCUGCUCAACACGUUCGUCCAUAUUGUAAUGUACUUCUACUACAUGGUGGCGGCUAUGGGCCCCAAGUACCAGAAGUACAUCUGGUGGAAGAAGUACCUCACUGCCUUCCAGAUGGUUCAGUUCGUGAUGAUCUUCACGCAUCAGCUGCAAGUACUGUUCCGGCCGUCGUGCCAGUACCCAAGAGUGUUUGUCUACUGGAUCGCAAUGCACGGCUUCUUGUUCCUGUUCCUCUUCAGCGACUUCUACAAGGCGAGGUACUCCAAGGCCGAGAGGAAGGCCAGGACCAAUGGCCUGUGUAUGACGGUGAUGGACGACAGCAGCAGUUCGCUGACCGGCAAGAACGGCUACAAGCAAGAAGUGGAGUCGCAAGUGCCGAGUUCGUACGCGUCAUCGGGCGCGGACGCCUUCGUGCGGCGCCGGCCCGUGUCAUAGUGCCCGCGACCGAGUGUUGUGACGUCACCAUCUCGAACCUUCUAUGUAGCCCAUCGCACACACCGCGUAUAGUAAAACGAACUGAGGAUUACAUCUAUAGGAACAUGUACAUUUUCUAAAAGUUGAAAAUGGACGUGCUUGUAUAGUGUCGUCUUCCGCGCGGAUUACGAUAUGCUAAACUAUACGAGUAUGAUACGUGUGCUACUGGGCGAGUGUCCAUCCGCCGACCUGAGACUGAUGUUGUACGAGACUGUGACACGCCGCGAGUGACGACGUGAGUGCGAAGUGCCCGGGACUGUUGGUUAAAUAAUGUUUCAGACUAUAUUUCUACAAAGAAUUUAGAUAUAAACAUUAUUACUUCUAUAAAGUUUGUUGAUGCACAAAGUCACUAUUUUGGAUCUUGCUUGGAUUGUCUAAAUGCCUUGUAAUUUUUUUAAGUACAAAGUAUGUUAUUGAAAGUUUCUAUAAAUUGUUAAAAAUCAAAGUCUCGAUUGAUGUGAAAUCUAGUCGCGUUUUGGCGAUAUAUAUUGUUUUCUUAUCGUUAACUGGAAGCAAGGGUCUAUCAAUGCAAUCAAUAAAUCAUGUUGAUCAGGUUCUUUUUGUAAACAUCAGGAGAGAUAGUGGUCAUACGGUGCCUAUCUUUAAUAUUCAUACAAUAAUGUUGAUAUAUUGUCGAUAGGCUAAAGUGAGAUGGGCAUUUUGUAUUAUGUAUAUACUUUAUAUUAUUUUAAACUUACGUUAUGGAUGGUAUCAUGUAUAACGAGGUGUUUGAAAGGUUAACGGAUUUUUGUAAAUAUAUUUUUAUUAUUAGAUGCUAAUUAAAAACAAUGAAAUAAUUAUGUUACCAUACAUUUAUUAGAUAUCCAGUGUAGUUUUACUAACAGCAGUUAAUUUUGUCCCUUCUAAGCUCUGUGCUCAAGUACCUCAUUCUUCCGCAAAAACCUUUUAUACAUAAAUCUUGUUUAUAUAUUUUUUGAUGAUAGAGAACAAUUUGAACAAAUUGAUCAUAAAUUGUGUUAAUGCACAAUGCAUUUUAUUUUUAACGUUAUACAAAUUUCCCCUGUAACGGUGAGACUGUGCACAGACGUAAAGCAUUAGAGUUUACCGCAGCAAGGAAAGAAGCAUUUCGUAUUAGAUAAUUGAAGUACUCUGUGUGUAAAUGUUGAAUGAGAAGUAGAGUUACAAUGUAGCUAAGUAAGUGAGUAUCGUUUGUGCAUAGUCUCUGGCCGGCCGAGUCAUCACGAUAAUAUUGUAAGUAUUAUUUUAUAUGAUGUUCUGGUAUUACGAUGCUUUAAGUGUUGUGCAAUGUGGAGUGCCGGUUGCUUAGAUCGCAGGUGAGUCCGCGCGACACAACAGUCCUGCUCAAGUAAUUGCUGCGAAUACACUCUUUUGCAAGUUUAUUUAUUACUUUAAUAAAGUAUUUUACAAUUGA